AUCACCUCUCCAAGAGAUGCCUUGGUCACGAGCAAGGAGAGAGUCGACAACCAUCAUGUCAUGAAUGGUGGAUGUAAAAGUGUUUCGGGCUUGUUUGUCUCCGGCUUGCAAGUGAGUUUUGCACUUCAAAGUAUCCAAAAUGUGUUCCUAAAUAUCGGCAAUCGGGACUCGCUUGCUUAAAUCGUUCGGUUGAGUAUUUUCAGCCUCCUCUGCGCUGGAUAUUGUUAUCUGUUCAUUGCGCAGGUGAGCCUGACAGAGGCAGGAAAAACAUGUCAUCGAUGGCAGCUGGCAAUUUGGGUUCUACCCUGCCGUCGAUGAUAAUGACUAAUGGGAAGCAGCCUAAAUUGGAAUCCAAAGCUGGCAUUUUGGCAAACACCAAAGGAAUGGGUACCACAGGUGAUUCAGGAACCAGUACGAGUGCUGCAGCCUCUGGUACCGCAGACAAGCACGAAUUCUGGCAGAUGGAACUGCUAAUGGAACGACUGCGAGGCAAAGCGAAAUCAUCACAGUACAAAUCGUUUCAGGAUAUGUCGAAAUCUGUUAGAAUGUCUUUAUUGGAAAAACGGUAUGCCUUAGAUGCUGUGGAGAAAUCAAAUUUGCAGAAAACAUUAGAUAAUAUGCAGUACUGCAUAAAAGUAACGUCCCGACAAGGACUGGUGGAACGUCUAGAUUGUCUCACUCGGCAGCUGGGGUUGAAACUGAGUGAAGACACUUCAGGUCUGUUUAUUUCGUCGGAUAUGUUUUAUUUGGAGAUAAUCCUUGACGCGAAUGGAACGGUCCAGGAUGUCAAAGUGCACCAUGAGUGCAAAAUGAAACAGCAGAGUUGUAGUGAACUUGUGUCCUGUUUGCAGAGGGGAGAUUUUGCCGAUUUUACCACCCAACUGGAGGGACUUGCCUCAAUAUAUCAACUCAAUGCAGAGAAAAAGAUAAAAGUGAAUGCAUUUGUAGCACUGCAAGCUCUCGAAACUGAUUUGUAUAACCUGUACAGCCUCUCGACGCAACAUUUUGAUGAUAUAUGCUCGAUCCUGUCAACGAAUCCACUUGGUAUUGUGCAGAAACGACGUGGUGGACACGCUAUGAGACUGACUUAUUUUGUAUCGCCAUAUGAUUUGCUAGAUUUGAAAGCAAGAAAAAUGAGACCUUUGAGUACGGAGCUCAUUUCGGUGGAAAAGGUCGGUUGCAGUGUAGGGGUGCAUUUGGAAGCAUCCACGGCGAAUAAGCUGCAGAUUCAGUCUCUGUUAGUGCAACAAGGAGAUUCCCCUGUAUACAGCCCAAUCGAAAAGCACAACUCAACUUCACUCCCGGCCACAUUCGUGUUGAGAUUUAAUAAGCCGAUGGUGCUUAAUGUGGUCAUGUUGAAGCAAAUAAAAAUAAUCACAGGGGAUAAUACCGUUGGCACGGUCGAUACGGCGGAAUCUUCUGGCUUAAUCAGUUCGAUUGUUCGACAUGCUUCUAAUGGGGCUGUCAAAAACAUAUCCAAGGGACUAUUUGUGACUUUGCCCGAUCAAUAUCAUUGUUAUUACAUGACUGAGAAUACGAAUUUGAAGGGCGUCGUCGUCAAUAGCAUUCCAUUCACCGAACCCCAGCAUGUGCCCAAGAUUCUGGUUUUUCUGCGGCAACAAGCUCUGUUCAAUCAGCUGCUGUCUAGUUGUAUACGAAAUAAUGGUUCCAGUAAUACGCGAAUUACCGAUCACGAGCAUCUGUUAGUGUUUGAAAUAUCUGCCUUUUCCUGCCAGUAUAUCAAUGUUUCGAUGGAACAUCCGUACGAUGAGUCAGUCGCAAUGGUGCAAUUCGAUUUGCGAUUGGUCAACAAUGUACAGGCUCGUGUCUUUUGCAAUACACACCCGUGUGAGGACUGGAUAUCGAACAGGAUCUCAUUGAUUAUUCAGAAUACUCUGUCGAUUCCGGUGACUUUGAGGGAACUGAAUAAAAUCUGGGAAGAAGAGUAUGAAGCCAAGUUCAAGAGAAAAUUGGGGACGGGCGGAAACAAUGGGGGUAUUGAUGAGGGAAAUUUUAGCUUGCCUAUGGGACCAGACGACGGUGGUGGGAGUUGUUCUGGUGGUGCCACCGAAAAUGGCAACGGAGGCGGAAGUGUAGGGCCUGGGAUGAAUGGUCAGCACAAUGGAAACUCGAAUGGAGCCGGUAUAGUGCACCAGGAGUUUUGUGAUAAUAAAACCGUCAAACUGGAACCGGUUGAAUCUGGAAAAAGACGUCGCGUAGGGGAGGAUUUUUGUAGCAGCCCAAAGAGUAGCAAGAUAGAGAAUGAGUGUGAAAAUUCAGAAGAGGUAGACGAGGAAGAUGAUGAUGAAUUUGACGAAUCAAACUUGAGCAGUGGCGAUUCGAACAACUCUUUGGGUGAAAUUGUAAACGUAGCAAAUCAAAUGUCAUCAUCCUCGUCAACGGGAAUAUCCGGUUCUGCCACAACCAUGGGACCAACAGGGGCAACUACAGGAAUGGUAGACGAAAGCUCUACGCUGGGUUGUUUGGAUUUUUCCAAUCUCAAUUCCGGCUUGAUGCGUUCAUCUGGCAGCACGACAAUCGACAACGCUGCUUCUGGAAUGGCCGAGUCUGAUAUGGGGUCUUUGAAUCAUCUACCUAAAUCGGUAGAAGAAAAACCUUCAUUUACAUCAUCGGUAAGCAUAACUCCGGUCGCUGUGGGAAAACAAAAUGCAAUGUCCAACAACAUGUUUAACAACAUCAGCCUGGAUAAAAGAUCAGGAAUUGAAAUCAUUCCUUUAGCUAACGCUUCGUCCAAUGUGACCUCAUCUAUUACCAUUACGCCAAUUCCAGUGGGAUCAUCGAGCUCCACAAAAUCAACUAGCAGUAGCAGUAGCGAGAAAAAGCUGAGUGGAAGUAGCAGUAGUAGUGGUCUGAAGAAAAGUAGUAGUGGUAGCAGCGAAAACGAUCGCCAUAAGCUGGAAAAGAGAAAGAAGCGGAAACACGACGAACAACUGUCUCAAUUACAGAUGGGACCACCUCAUAAAAUACCAUCGAAAAGUUCAUCCGAUGGUCCAUCUUCUCCUUCGGGAAGUAGCAGAAAAUUCUCAGCUUCUCCAGUUCCAUCCAAAAGUUCUAGCUCGGCAAAUUCGUUGAUUCUGUCGAGCGGAAGUCCCGUUGCGGCAAAAUCAAGUCCAAAGCAUUCACCUGUCCAUCAUAGUAGUCCGAAGCAUCAGAGUAACUACGGAACGUCUUCACCGAAGCAUCUUUCCGGAGGAAGUUCUGGUGGGGGAAAACCAAGUAUGUCGGCACUCAAAUCUGCUGCAAGCAGCAGUUCGCCUAAUUCAAAAUCGUCUUCCAGCAGCGUUAGUGGAAAAGAGGAAUCCAGUAGUUCGCUAUCGGGCGGUGGAAGCAAAUGUAGUGGGAGCAGUGGAUCAUCUUCCUCUAAGGACCGGGAACGCGAUCGCGAUCGGGAGCGGGAUCGUGAGCGCGACCGAGAAAAAAAAUCAGGAUAUUCUUCGUCGUCUAGUUCAUCUAGCCCAAAGUUGAAGACACCUGCUAUCAAACUGAAACAAUUGGACUUGGCUAAUUGUGGUGCUUCGUUUAAUGCGGGUGUCCAUUUGGAACUGAUGAAUAGCAAUAGCAGUGGAGGAAGCAGCGCCGGAAGUGGAAGUAUUGAUCUUACCGAUAGCAGUAUAUUCGGGGCUGGUGCGGCUGAUUUGUCCAAAAAUUCGUCAGCAUCGGCCGCUUCCGCCGCGGGAAUGCUCCUGCUUCAGCAUGCAAUGAAAAACAGAAAAGGUUCUCUCAGUGCUGUGAUCGAUAAACUUAAAUCUGCUCAAAGUGGCGACGAAGGUUCACUUGUGAUGCUUCCAGAGCUCGUUCAGCAAGCUGGUUUUGCUUCCGGUAAAGCUGCUUCCUCUUCUAUGACGCCAUCCUCAGCGACAUCGGUUUCAAACUUUUCUGGAACGUCUUUAUCGGGUUCGACGAUGACAUUACCCACAGCAACUGUUUCGACGCAAGGAAAAAGCUCUGAAUAUAUGGUCAAACCAAGUUCCGACGGUAUCAAACUCACAAUUCAGAACAGAAAGGGCUCAAAAAGCGGCAGCAACAGCAAUCCUCCUUCCUCAUCAAGCUCGAAAAGUAGUUCCAAAUCCGGACUCAAACCAGGUGUUUCCAGUGGGCCUGUCUCGAGAAAACUGCAAAGCUCACAAAGCUUCAGCGGGAGUUUCCCUUCUAGCAAUAGUGGUAAUGGAAAGUCACCCAACAGUACACAAUCUUCCAAAGCACCGAUACAAAAAUCAAGCUCAUCCGGUUCAUUGCUCAGCGGUAGUUCGGGUAGUUCAAUAAAAUCCUCUAAAUCUAGUUCAAGUUCAAGUUCAUCUAAGGAAAAGUCACGCAGUAGCUCAAAAUCGUCAUCAUCGUCGUCUUCACUGAUGGCAACAAACACUGCGCUUGCAGUUGCUGCUGCCCAAGCUGCUGCCAACGCAAACGCCCUUAAUGUUAUGAAAAUGCUUGGUUUCACUUCGUCUAUUCAGAACAUGGAAGGAUUCGUAAAAACAUUGGACACAAAAUUUCAAAUUCCCAAACUAUCUGCGAGAUCUAGUGGUAUUGACGCUGAUAAAUGGAAAGAUUGUCGACCAACGUCGUCAUCUGCACCGAAUACGCCGCUGUCAAACGUCACUCAAUCGCCAACAGGAAACAAUGAUUUCUCGCUUCCUUACAAUAAAUUGCCUGGCGAACUGUCGCCUCUUCAUUCCGCCAUGCUGCCAAAUGUGAUGCAAAAAAUGUUCUCAAACCAUGACAGUUCGAUGCUUCUGAGAAGAUCUCCGAAUCUAGACCACCAGGCCUCGAGCAAUAGUCGAGACGGUUUUGCUUCGAUUUAUGGAAAAGGAUCAACGACACCGACCACACCAACAGGUACCAUCCCGCCUCCUUUCCCGUCCCCGGUUGGCUUUCAGAGUCAUGCGAUGGAUUUUUCCAACAGUAGCGAUUCCGUUGAUGCCUCCAGUCUGAUGCGACCACCUUCAAGACCAAGCAGUACAAUGUCCAAUCACAGCACGAGCGAUAAACUGAUCGAUGCCACGGCUAACAGUAACUCGAUGGACGGAUUAUCAAACUCAUCUUCAGCACAAGCACUGGCUGCGGCGGCUGCACAACUUAUGAACAAGUUCGACAAUACUCAACAAUUGGUGGCGGCAUUCAAAAACCACCACCAUCACCUUAACGCUUUGAGUAGCGCAGCUGCGGUGGCUGCUGCCGCAGCAGCAGCUUCCGGUUCUGGUGGGGUUGGACCGGUCACCUCACCGGCUUCUGUUUCGGUGCACAUAGUGAAGUCACCCGCACCAAGCCCGUUACCACUGCACGGAGGUCCUGGUGGACCUGUCGAUGAUGAAUUGAUGGAAGAAGCUUUGGUUGGAAUUGGCGGAAAAUGACAAUACCGCCUCUAGAAGGUGUUUCCUGGUUCUACGCUCUCAGUGUCUACGUGUCCGUGUGUUUGUAAAUAGUGGAUUUUUUUUUUGCUUGUAGGGUACACUAACCAAACUAAGAAUAAAAGGGAACGAAAGGGAGAUCGCAUGUCGAUCGUUCUGUGUAUCACGACUAAAUUAUUACUAUUCAAUUGGGCGAAUUGGGUUCUAUUCGUUCAGAAAUAAAAAAUAAUCCUCAUUAAUUAAGACAAAAGACAAUUCGAUUUUUUACUUUUCAAGUUUCCUUUUUAUUUUUAUCGGGUGGUUUCGGUCGCUGCUAACCGCUCCCAAAUCAAAUAGAAGCGAGCAAUAUCAAUAUUGUAAAGAGAACGAUAAUAGAUAAAAUGAGAUUAGCGAAGAAAAAUAAUAACAAGAGAAAUCGACCAGAUUUUAGGCAAAGUAAUUAAAAGAUAAUUUUAUAUUCACGCGGCGGAAACGAGGGAAAUAAUGAUUAGUUUUAUGAAAGUAGAUAAAAUGAUCGAUCAAGAGUUUUCAAUAGCUUUAGGUAAAACGUGAAAUGAGCAAAGUUAUUAUUUAGUGCGUAUACAUUAACGAUAAAAACAGAA